CUGUAAUGGAAAGAACCUCCUGCAUGCUCCAAGCUCCCUUCCAAGCAACAUCACCGGUUUGGACCUCUCCUUCAACUCCUUGGUUGUGCCCCAUCAUGGAACUUUCUUGAUGCACUUCCCUUCUCUGCACUCCCUCAACCUCUCUAACAAUGCCCUGCUAGCGCUGAGCCCAGGCAUCUUCUCCAACCUCGGGGCACUGCGUCUGCUGAACCUGAGCAGCUGCAGUAUCACCUACCUCCACACAGACACUUUCAAGGGCUUGGGAAACUUGCACACACUGCUCUUAAGAAACAACAGUCUGCAGCAGCUUGAGGUCCCUUUCAUCCUGCCGCUGAAGGCUCUUUUCCACCUGGACCUGCAGCACAAUGCACUGGUCUCUGUGGACACUUGGAGCCUGCAGCUGAUGGAGGUAGUCCCUCAGGUCCAGCUGGAAGGGAACCCUUGGGUCUGCAACUGCACCACGUACCCUCUGCAGCAGUGGCUACAGCGCAGGCAAGCUGUGCAGGUCACCUGUGCAUCACCUCCAGGGCUGCAGGGCCAGAAAGUUGUAGCUUUGGAUUCCAAAGAUCUGGGCUGCCUGGUGAGACAACGGUUGCCUCGAGGGGACAGCACAACAUGGCCAGACAUAGUGACCUCCAGCAAUACCACCACACCACCUGUAGGGAAGGGUGGAAGGAGUUGGCCAUACCUGGUGGGAUUCAUCGUGGCAGCAAUUGGCAUCUCCAUCCUGAUAGCACUGGCAGCCAAGUGCAAGCUCUUCCACAAGAAUUUUGCCAGCUACCGCCACCGGCUGCUGCCCGAAACCAGCUCAGCUGGAGGCAGCCCCAUGGAGCACAGCAGUAACUGGGACAGGGACUCCUCCAACCGUGGGGUCUGUGACAGCCACUCCAUACGUGAUGCUGCUGACCUGCAGGCAGAGGAUGAUGAUGGCUUUAUUGAGGACAAUUACAUCCAGACAAGUGAGCAGCUGCCAGAGGAAGAGGAGCGAGAGUUGCGCCUCUCCAUCUGAGCCUGUAACCCAGACACCACCACUACGGCAUCUCGCUGUCACUCCCAUCUCCAUCCCCUUCCUUCCCUUUCCCACCUGCUCUCAGCCUCACAUUGCUGGGGACAGGAAGAAAGGAGUGUAAAGAAAGGGUGGGCUGGCAAUUGGAGACCGAAGGCAGUCAGCCCCAUGGUGUCUCUGUGUGAUGUCAGUGGGGCUGCACCAGCAUGGUGACGUUGGACCUGCUCCUGCUGUUCCAGCCCUGCUUGGAUGCUGAGGAUGAAAGAGAUGGUGCCUAUCUCACCCAGGCAGUCUGGUGGGAAGGUAAGAGGAGCCUGCCUUGGUGCUCCCUGCAGUGUCUUGGGCAUCAGCUCCACUGCCUCACAGUGUCG